AUGAAGAAGAAUUCAAGAGAAGAUGAAAAAAGUGAUUUAACAGAUGAAACCUUCACUACUAAAGAUUUAACAUUUAAUGAAAAGAGACAAAUAUUAGAAAAUAAAUUAAAAGCUGAUCAAAUCAUCAAUCAGUUUAAUUACGAUAAAGUUGAUGUAACUGAAAAAAAUCAUUCUAAUAAAAACACUACCAGUAAUUUAAUUAAAGAAGAUGAAGAAUUUGUUAAAAAAUCUUUUAAAGAGAAAGUCAGCACUUUAAAAAACAUACUUAAACACUCUAAAAAGGAAUUUAAUUAA